AUGCCGGCGAACAACCAGUCGUCCAACACAGCCGGGGAUGUUAAGCCACUCGGGCGCGUUUCGCAUUCCACGCGUUAUCGGGUGGCGAUGGAAAAGCAAAGCUUGAAGAGCGUAGUCGAAGAUCAAAAUGCCGGAGGUGGCUUACUCCCCGGCAUUAAGCGCAAAGCAGAUGUCAGUCCCCUCAAGCAUGAGCAGGGCACGAAACGUUUUGCCCUCGGCAACCUGACGAAUGCCGAGGCCAGCGCUGGCAACAUUGUGGCCACCGCACAACCGACGGCCGUUUCCAGUGGGUUUCUGAAGAACAAAACCAUCCACAAGCUGCCGAAGCCCCUUAGUCAGAUGGUGCAGCAGCUUACGAUUCGGGCCCGGAACUGCGAUGGUAAAAAAUCGUCAACUAAGCAAGUGGCACAGUCUCACAUGUACACCAAGCCGGACAUCAAUGGCCCGGAGAUUAAGGGGCCAACGAAAAUUUUAACCAGGGCCGCCAUGCGCCAACAGCAAGCCCAGAAAGCGGUCCCAAGUGGUAGUGCAAAGGAAAAUGCGCAGCUAUUGGAAAAACUUUCAUCGGUUGGCGGCGACAGCAACAGUAAGAUCGACGCAGAACCACAGAAGCAGCAGCCAGCACAGCACCAACCACCGAAAACACGGGCCUUGGAAGUCAAACGGACGAACGUCGUUGAGGUUGGCCCUUCCAUGGCUAAGAACGAGCCAAAGAAAAAACACUCAGGACCUUUAUCGCCAGCACCGGCACCGACUGUUGGGGGGAACAAAGUGAAAACUCGCUUGUCGAAUGACUUCGAAAGCGACAAUUCCUUGUACGUAACAGCACUGGACUUUUCCAACGAAGAUGCAGCGGCGGUUCGGGUUUCGGAAGCUGCGUCUAACGUGCCCGGAACCCGGGUGCCUGCCACCAAGCUGCAAGCGAAUGGAGGAAUCAAAAAGGCGGUCCCGCCGGUACUGUCCACGGUAGGUGGUCCGCCUGUGACGCGCAAGUCAUCGGAAGUAUCCAACGAUACCAACUCGGCGGAGAGACCAGUGGCCGAAGUGCGGAUCGCGGAAAGUGUAAAGGAUGAAAAACCGAUCGUUGCCGUUGCUGAUGUGGAGCCAAAGUUGAAAGCUUCCGAAUGUUCGCCCCGCAAACGGACCCCGGUCGGUGUUGAAGAUUUCGAUCUGGCUAACUGGAAUGACAUCUACCAGGUGUCGCACUAUGCGCAGGACAUUUUUGAAUAUUUGCGCGAACGUGAGAGAGUGUACGUCGUGCCGGACUAUAUAGAACGGCAGCCGUUCGUCACCAAGUGGAUGCGAGCCGUUUUGGUCGAUUGGAUGGUGGAGAUACAGGAGUCGUUUGAGUUGAAUCACGAAACGCUCUACUUGGCCGUGAAGAUUGUGGAUAUCUACCUCUCGCUUGUAGUGAUCCAGCGGGAGCUGCUGCAGCUGGUGGCCGCUGCGGCUCUGCUGAUUGCAGCCAAAUAUGAUGAACGUAUUCCACCGACGGUGGACGAUUUCAUUUACAUCUGUGACGGUGCGUAUGAUCGUCCCGAACUGAUCAAAAUGGAGCGCACCGUUUUCCAUGCCAUCGGAUACGAUCUCGGCAUUCCGCUGUCCUACCGCUUUCUGCGUCGUUACGCCCGAGUCAAUCGCAUUCCCAUGCCCAUCCUGACACUGGCCCGUUACAUCCUGGAAACAAGCUUGAUGGAGUACGCGACCAUCCAAAUGCUCGACUCGAAACUGGCCUGCGCCGCUUUGUUUAUAGCACUGCGCAUGAGUAACAAGCCGGGUUGGAAUGAAACGCUCGAAUAUUACUCUGGUUACAAAGUGGCAGAUUUCAAGGAGGUAACGAUAACGCUGAAUACCUGCAUGAUGCACCCGAAGUCGACGCUCAACACCGUGCGCCAAAAGUACUCACACGAACUGUUUUUUGGUGUCGCCAAGCGCCCCGUCAUCACGAGUCUCGACAAACUGUUUGAAGGAACGUUCGAUGGGGACGCAGUUUUCAAGCUGCCCACUGCCAUUUCUACAAGCGGCGCCGGGGAGGAUCGGGAGACGAUCAAGAGAGGGAGCGACUGAGCGGUUGAUCAUAAUUAGCCACACGCACGACGAAUCCUCGUAUUUCAGACUGAUAUUGUGUUCCACCCGGUUUCGAACGCUUCCCGGAAAGUUCCAGAGGGGGUUUUCAGUUGCCAUUUCCUAUAAA